UCCAAGCCUAAUACAGUAAUACAACUGAUUACAGAUAAAAUCUCACCCUGAGAGAUGUUUCAAUAAGUCUCUUUCACAGACUGGAUGCCUUCCUGGACACAGUCCUUUCCCCUGGUAUAGCCCUUGUUCCAGCUCAGGUGGUAGCUAGGGGAUUCCUCAUGAUGGCUCCCCGCUUUGUUCUGUUCCACCCAUUUAUAGAUCUUUUGCAUAAGGUGGGAGUUCUUUGUCCCUCUCUGGGUUCCCACCCCCUCCUGCUCAAUGGAAAAGCACCAGGUUAAAGAUGGAUUCCAGUUCAGGUGACAUGAUCACAUGUCACUGUAAGACUUCAUUAUCCACUUGCCAGCACACAUGUAUACAGGAAGACUUACAGGUAAAACAGAGCCAUCUGCAGUCAAUUGUCCUGGUUGAUGGGAGCCAUCAAGAUUCCAAACCACCAUUAAUGGCCCACACUUUGCAUAAUUACAAUAGGCCUUCAGAGUUUAUUUCAUAUUUCCAGUUUCAGAUACAAUAGUGAUACAUUUAUACAAAUAGGAUGACCACACUCAGUAGAUUAUAAGCUUUGAAAUGAUACCUUACAAGAGACCUUUUGCAUGAAGCAUAUUUCAGUUAUAUUAUAUUCAAACUCAUUAGCAUAUUUUCAUAAAAUCAUAUAGAGUGCAACGUCACAGUGGGCCUGGGCCUCUCUGAUCUGGGGUGAAUUUCAUAGUGAGUAGCUAUUCAACAUAUCUUUAUAUUAAUGCACAUCUAUCCCCCCUGUUGCAUAGCUACUGUCUAAGCAACUUUGUGUAUUGUAUUGAGCUGGACCAAGAUCAGUCAGAGCUCCUGGGUCAUAGAGUCAGAGAUUAAGGCCAGAAGGGACCACCAGAGCAUGUAGGUGUGGAAUGACUACUAGAACAUUUAUUGUACAGUAAACAGACAGACUCGUCUCACUUGCUGCUUCAGCACUUGACUCAGCACUUAAUUGGCAUAACACGUAUACAAGUGUGGCCAAAGCAUAAAGGAUGGAAUUCUCAAGAAUCUGUCAGAGGGACACUAGAUCAUCAACCCCGAAGUGUAGUUUAAAAAGUCAAAACAACCUCACCAUCAAUAAUACACUCCAGUAACCAUUUCCAGGUGGAAUUUACAGACAGAACCUGUCUAUAAAUGUUUACUUUCACACCCUGACUCAGAUUCUGAAAGCUAUGGUCCUCCCUGCCCCUCAGUUUCCCCAUCUGUAAAGUGGGGAUAUUGAUACUUGCCUCCAUUUGUAAAACACUUUGAGAUCUACUGAUGAAGAGCACUGUAUAAGAACUAGGUAUUAUUAUUUUAAGAGAAAAAAGUUUGGCAAAGAAAGAGUCAGGUUACAUUUGUACAUCACAUUGUCUCCAAUUCCAUGGACAUACAUAUGGUAUAAUCUUUGGGUACUUUAUUUUCUAGUGCCAAGCCCUCUAGACUAGGGUAAUUCCAUACAUCUGAAUUUUAAUUAGAGGAAGUUACUUUCAAGAAAUAAAUCUCUAAAAUAAUAAAGUUUGGUUAAUUAAAACCCUGCACAUACUAUCAUCCUCCUCUUAUUCAAGUUAAUUUAUCAAUGUUACUUCUUUUGGAACAUCCAGUGUUCCCUAUCACAGUCUUUAAAAUAGCUCCAUUAACAAGUGAGAUCUGUUAGAAUGUGGAAUAGUCUUGAAAGAAGUGGAAGAAUCCCCAUCUCAUACAAAGUUAAAUAGAACAUAGUACUUGGGCAUGUACCAUACAACACACUGCUAUAUCGACAGAGGGCUGGAGGAAAUUACCUAAUAGGUGUUUACCAACUCUGGUAGGAUUUAUGAACCAACAGAACAAAAUGUAUGGUUUUAUGUGAUACAUUAGUUCCAUGCUUAUUUACCUUCCUGUUUAUUGAUUAACUGUACUUAACAUAUUUUGUUUGGUAGUUCAAAAAUGGUUAAAACAAAGAUUGAAUUCUGGUUUCCAGUUUUGUGCCCACAACCAAAUAGGAGUUCAAUUUUGUGGGCACAAAACAAGUCUGAUUUGCAGGUGCAACUAGCUAAAUCAAUGUCUAAAGGAAAUACUUAUAAAACCAUCCUGCAAUCUUGUGAGGACUGUUUGGCUCUUACAGUAAUUGCAGACACAUGCUUGUCUCAUUUCUGUUCGUUUUGUAGGUGUUCAUUACAGUCCUUUCCCCCAAUAAGAACACAGUCUAGUUUUAAGUUUCCUGUUGUGGUUAACACAUUCCCCCCCUCCAAAGAGCCCAACAUGAAUGAUUGUAAAUCUUAUUUGUGUUAUUGUAUUUCUAGCAGAGUUAAAGAGGGAAAAAAGUCAGUUUUAUUAAAGCGAGCUUUCAGUUUGCUUAAAUUGGGAACUCAGAACAGAAAAGCAAUGCAUUCUCCAGUCAUAGUUGGUUUAUUUUAUUUUCUCCUAAUUAAGGCUUGGAAGAGCUUAACUGUCCAAAGUGAAGCCUAUAUCACAGUAAUGCAAUAUCCCACCGUAGCCUCUAUUAAAUAUGGCACAUCUGCACUUCUUGAUUGUAUAUUUGACUUCCAGUUUCUAUCAGAGGCUGAAAUUGAAGUCUACUGGAAUAUACAAUUGCUGCUUUCUAAUGAUUCCAUGAAGAAAAUAACCAUGUCUUCAAAGAGGUUGCCUUUAAACCAAAGUGCUUUGUUGUCAAGGGAUGAUGGAAAAUACAAGCUCACAGGCAAUCUUCUAAAAGGCGUAGUCUUCUUAGAAGUGAAGAAUCUUCAACCACGGGAUGUUGGUCUGUACACCUGCAAAGUGGCACGCCUGAUACCACCUCCAUAUCUAGAAGGAAGUAGCAAUGGAACUUACAUCUGUGGAAUAGAAGAUACAUUGCAAGAUUCCUGCAAGUCAUCAGAAACUAAAUUUGUCAUAUGCUUGGGGAUCCUGGCAGCCUAUACAUUUGUGAUCAUCAUGACUACCAUAAUUUAUGUACUGGUUAGAAGAAAACCUACCUGCACAAGUUCUCCUUCACUGCCAAGCAGAGACUCUUUGAUAUACGUGGAUAUGACUUUUGCAAAAGAAAGUACUAAGAGUGAUGAGUGAAAACUGUGGAGCUAGAAAUGUUGGAAAGUGGCUAUCCCAGCCUUGGUUGAAAUUUUAGAAUGAUUAUAUUUUUUAUCAUAAAGCAUGAUUGGUAUAGAGCACUAUAUGCUUAAGAAUAGCAUCAGUUUGGUGGGAUUUUGAUUUGUUUGUUUUUAAACAUUGUAGAACUAGAAUUUGUUAUUGUAGCAUGUAGGUCAGGCCCUUAGUCAGCAAAGCACUUAAGUAUCACUUGAGGUUAAGCAAGUGCUUAUGUCCCAUGGAGCUCAAUGAUUAGCUGUUGUUAGUUGCACAUUGUCUUAAUUAUUUUUUAUGGUUUCUCUUACCACUUGUGUUGUGUUGUAGCCUUUACAAGAAGCCAAUCUUUUUGUGGCUGCCUAAAUAAUAGGGAUUGCAGCAACUUGACAAGAGUUCUUUUGGUUUGUUUUUAAAAGCAAUCACCAUGAACCCCUGCAUUAUGAAGCAUUCUGACUAACUAGUGAACAUGGUAAAGGAGCCAUUCAUCUUGAUGGAAGAGCUCACACCCAGCCCCACACCUGGGGCUCUGCUCCUGGGG